AUGAGUGUGUUGAGUAGUUUCAGGCAGCCUGACAGAAGCUUUGUCAGACUGUGGAAUGGCUUGCUAGAAGAGAAAAUAGAAGAGAUGGAGGAAUUGGGGUUCGAAAUUGGAGAGGUUUCUGGAAUGAGAGAUGAAACUUGCUCUCUGGAUUUUCCUCCUCUUCGCAGGAGAUCAUGGCUCCGAAGGGUAUCAGAGGGUGAGGACAAUGACGUGGUUUUGGGAUUGAUUAUAGCUAAUGCUGCAGUGUUUUUGUUAUGGAAGAUUGCCGAUACUGACUUCAUGGUGAAGAAUUUUAUUAAUGCAUUAAUCAAUGUUAGAAGUGGACGUCUUCACACGUUGAUAACUUCUGCCUUCAGUCAUAUCGGCACUGAGCAUUUCAUUCAUAACAUGAUUGGACUAUAUGUUUUUGGGGCGCAUAUUGAAAGAAUUUUUGGGCCUCAAUUUUUGCUGGGAUUGUAUCUAGCUGGGGCUCUUGGUGGCUCGGUCUUUUUCUUGGUGCACAAAACCUACCUGGCUGUGUCAUCGAUGGGCCGGCGAGAGGAGAACAAAGACCCAAACAACCUGGCACUGGGCGCAGGCGGGGCCGUUCAUGCUAUCAUUUUGCUUGAUAUAUUCCUCUUCCCAAAAUCCAUCUCUACUCCGGGAUUCUCAAAACCGUUGUUCCUGGGGAUCUUUCUAAUUGGGAAAGAUAUCUUGAGGUUAAUACUGGGAGACGAACAAAUCUCAGGGGCUACACAAUUGGGAGGUGCUGCAGUUGCAGCCAUUGCCUGGACACGACUUCGAAAGGGGCGAUUCUAAAUUUUGUAACGACGGAUUACAUAUAGAACACUUGGAAACUAAGUUGUAUUUUUUAUUUUUAUUUUUAAAGAUAGUCCAGCAUGUUAACUAUUAGUCAGUGCCUAGCAGCUAGUUUUUCUCCUGAUUUAAACUACCAGAUCAUCCCUUAUCUCAGACCCCAGUUAUUAAUCCAGCUACAUUUUGGAUGCCCACCUCAUAUUUUCA